AUGGUAACCAAGAACCAAUUUAUCGAGCAACUGCAGCCGACCAAAUGCAGCAUCUGUCUCGACAGUUACAACAGCGAGCACGUACCCGUCGAACUCAAGUGUGGCCAUAUAUUCGGCAGUCACUGCAUCGUCGAGCAGACGGAGAUUAGAACAGCAAACAACAACCGCUGUCCGCUUUGCCGACAAGAGCUGUUCGAGCACGAGGACUUCGCUUCAAGUAGAGACUCACUGUACGACAGCGACGAGCCGUUGAUUGAGUUCGAUGAUUACGACGAUUCUACUGAUGGGGAAGAUAUGGAAACUGAGGAAGAACAACGUCGACAGACACUUGCUGCGUUGCUGCACGCCCGUGAAGCACGUCAUGCACAGCCCUUAAGCGGUGCGCCUCAGGGUGGGACUACCACCGCAUCAAGGAGGGGGCGCUACAGUCAAUACCAGGAGGUCAUGGAGCAUACUGCCCGAAUGCGCGGAAUGAGCAGGGUGUUCGCUUCGAAGUCACCAAGACGCACAGGACCAUACGACGACAUUGAAGAAGAAUCUGAUGAGGAAUCUAGUGGAUCUGAGUAUGAACCAGAGGAAGAUAUCGACCCUGCCGACGAGCGCGAGGAGAAGCGCACCUACAAGCUAUUACCGGGUGAAUACGAAACAACGCUGCCUAUCUAG